AUGCGCGUUCCUUUCUUCCGCCUACAAAGCCUCAUUGCCGUCUGCGGACUGCAGCGUGCUGCAAAGGCACCCGAGCUGGUUGUAACCCAGCUCUUUUACAGUACUUUUCUGUAUCUGAAGUUCCUGGUAGUGUGGGCCCUAGUACUGUUGGCAGAUUUUGUCCUGGAGUUCAGAUUUGAGUAUCUGUGGCCGUUCUGGCUCUUCAUCAGGAGCGUUUACGAUUCCUUCAGAUACCAGGGGUUGGCCUUUUCAGUAUUUUUUGUUUGUGUAGCAUUCACAUCAAAUAUAAUAUGUCUGCUCUUCAUACCAAUACAAUGGCUGUUUUUUGCUGCCAGCACGUAUGUUUGGGUACAGUAUGUCUGGCACACAGAGAGGGGUGUGUGCUUACCAACAGUAUCACUGUGGAUACUUUUUGUUUAUAUCGAAGCAGCCAUUAGAUUUAAAGAUUUAAAAAACUUCCAUGUAGACCUUUGUCGUCCAUUUGCAGCACACUGUAUUGGCUACCCUGUUGUGACUUUGGGCUUUGGCUUUAAAAGUUACGUCAGCUACAAAAUGCGUUUAAGAAAACAAAAAGAAGUGCAGAAAGAGAAUGAGUUCUACAUGCAGCUUCUCCAGCAAGCUCUGCCCCCCGAACAGCAGAUGCUACAAAGGCAAGAGAGGGAGGCAGAGGAAGCCAAAGGAUUAUCUGAUAUGGAUUCCUCAAUACUUAUGCAGCACAAUGGAGGCAUUCCAGCCAAUAAAAAAUUAUCUGCAACGUUGCCAGAGCUAGAAUAUAGAGAAAAAGGGAAAGAAAAGGACAAGGAUGCUAAGAAACACAACCUUGGAAUAAAUAACAAUAUUUUGCAACCUGUAGACUCUAAAAUACAAGAAAUUGAAUAUAUGGAAAACCAUAUCAAUAGUAAAAGAUUAAAUAAUGAUCUUGUAGGAAGUACAGAAAACCUCUUAAAAGAGGACUCAUGCACUGCCUCGUCCAAAAAUUACAAAAAUGUCAGCGGAGUUGUGAACUCCUCUCCUCGCAGUCACAGUGCAACUAAUGGGAGCAUCCCUUCCUCAUCUACUAAAAAUGAGAAAAAACAGAAAUGUGCUAGCAAGAGCCCAAGCACACAUAAGGACUUAAUGGAAAAUUGUAUUCCUAAUAACCAGCUAAGCAAACCAGAUGCACUGGUAAGGUUGGAACAAGAUAUUAAAAAGUUAAAGGCUGACCUGCAAGCAAGCAGGCAGAUCGAACAGGAGCUACGUAGUCAGAUCAGUUCUCUGACUAACACAGAGCGGGGAAUUCGAUCUGAAAUCGGACAGCUCCGGCAAGAAAAUGAACUGCUUCAGAACAAAUUACACAAUGCUGUACAAAUGAAACAAAAAGACAAACAAAUGAUCAGCCAGUUGGAGAAGAAACUAAAGGCAGAGCAGGAGGCACGAGCCUUUGUAGAAAAACAAUUAAUGGAAGAAAAGAAAAGAAAGAAGUUGGAAGAAGCAACUGCUGCACGUGCUGUCGCAUUUGCUGCUGCUACAAGAGGAGAAUGUACUGAAACUUUACGAAAUCGUAUCCGAGAGUUGGAAACAGAGUGCAAGAAGCUAACAAUUGACAUAAAGCUGAAAGAAGAUCAGAUACGAGAACUAGAAAUGAAAGUUCAGGAACUGCGGAAGUACAAGGAAAAUGAGAAGGAUACGGAGGUGUUAAUGUCAGCACUUUCAGCCAUGCAGGAUAAAACACAGCACUUAGAGAACAGCCUGAGUGCAGAGACAAGAAUCAAGCUGGAUCUGUUCUCUGCAUUAGGAGAUGCAAAACGGCAGCUUGAGAUUGCCCAAGGGCAGAUCAUUCAGAAAGAUCAGGAAAUCAAGGACCUAAAACAGAAGAUUGCAGAAGUUAUGGCAGUAAUGCCCAGCAUAACAUACACUGCAGCCACCAGCACUCUGAGUCCUGUUUCCCCACAUUACUCUUCCAAAUUUGUGGAGACCAGCCCUUCUGGACUUGAUCCCAAUGCCUCCGUUUAUCAGCCCUUGAAGAAAUGAAUGCCAAUUUUCUUUUUGCCCAGUAAUUUUGUCAUGCCGAAGGCAUCACACAGGAGUGUCUCUUGCAGUCAAGAUGAAAUUGUAUUGUGUGAGACUGUAUUUGUUGUCAUUUAAAACAGGAUAAAAGAACAUCUGGAUUGACUAGAACUGCCCAUCGGUUUUUCUUGUAAAUUUUUAGAAAACCUCACAGAACUUUGCAAUUUAUUUUCCUUGGCCAAUGCAUUAAAAACAAUUCUUGGUUUUCAAGUAGCCAAUUUUGCCUUUUUAUGUACUCUUGCAUGGUUUCCUCUUGAAAAAUACAGGGCUUUGCUUGAUUUUGAACCCUUUCUUCUUUUUUUUUUAAUAAUCAAAUUGAAUUUGCAGAUUCAUUCAGAAAUAGUGAGGAAAAACCUUUAGUUUUUACGGCGAAAGGGUUAAAUAAUCUAACAAAGCUUUGAUUUAUAGAUGUAUUAAAUACAAAUAUGUGAAGUUGGAGAAGAUAAUUUGAUUACCCCUCAAAGGACCAAACAAAUUUCAGGGGCGUUGUUUAAGGGAAAGAAUAAGAGAAUAGAUGAUGAUGUGACGGUGGUUGUUGUGUGAAAUAUUUAUAUUCCCAUCGGUGUUUUUAGUCAUUGAGAAUUGCUAACAGUCUUGUUCACAGUGCCUUGGGAAAAGACAUUUCAAGAGGAAACUUGAUAGUUUAAACUAUUUUUUCCCCCUUCACUGUCAUCUAGCUUAUAUAUCAAGCUCAUUACAGAGUCUACUGCAAAUUGUACAUGGUAAUUUGGAUGUUCAUUAUAAACCAAGGUUACAUCUUCUGUUUAUUUUAAUAUAAACUCAGCAGUGUUCUGUAACUUGCCUUGAUUAUACUGCAUCGUGGAAGGCACAAUAUUAAUACAGGAAGCGUUAUUGUGAAGGCGGAACUGUGCAAUGUACUGUAUACAAGAGACUGUAAAGCUGGCUAAUAAAAGCUGCAGUUCUGGGGUUUUUUUUA